UAGAAUUUGAUUCCCAAUGUAAUUGAGAAAAUGAAAAUAUCAAUGGUAUUGGGAUCAAUUAAAUGGCGAAUUGAGAUGUCGUUUCAGGAAGAAAAUUCCAAUUGGGUCUCUCCUUCUGCGGUUGGAAGAAUCUCUCAAAACAGAAGGACGAGGAAAAGUAGGCUUAUAUUGUUUGUUUCUUCUAUCGCACAAAUUCUAUUCCCAUUUUCAAUGGGAGAUCAUUUUGUGCUGUUGAUGGAUCAGUUGCUUACUGAAUCGAACCUUGAAGCUACUAUUGAGUGAAAAAACAGAAUUUGGCAGGCCUCAGCAAAUGCAAAUGCAGAUAAUAUGAUAUCUUCGUUAAAUAUUGAUGUCGAAUCUGUGUCACCUUCAAGUAUUGUUCAGUGCAGAAUUUGUCAUGAUGAGGAUGAUGGCUCGAAAAUGGAGACACCAUGCUCUUGCUGUGGCAGCUUGAAGUAUGCUCAUCGCAAGUGCAUCCAGCGGUGGUGCAAUGAGAAAGGCGAUACAAUCUGUGAGAUUUGCCACCAGGACUUUAAGCCAGGGUAUACCUCACCUCCCCCUGUAUUUUAUUAUGGAGAUAUUAAUGCACCGAUGCAUUUCAGGGGAAGUUGGGAGAUGUCUAGACUGAACCUGCAUGUACCUGCAGGUAUGCCUGAUCACGAGUAUCUUGAUUCUGACUUUGAUGAUUUUUUCGCUCCCUCUCCAAGAAGCAUAUUGUUCUGCCGCGUGGUUGCAGUAAUUUUUAUUGCUCUUCUCAUUUUACGCCAUACUCUACCAAUUGUAAUUAGUGGUGCUGGAGGGCAUUCAUUGACAUUGUUAAUGUUGUUGGUCUUGAGGAUUGUUGGGAUUCUUCUACCAAUAUACGUCAUGGUUAAGGCAUUUACUUUCAUUCAACGACGGCAUCAUUAUCAGAGGGAAAGAAGUUAUGACUGCACUGUCCUCCUAUAUCAGAACACCAACCAUGAUAAACAUAUGCUCCCCGUCUUCAACUCACAACGUUAGAUGACAACAGUGAAUUGACAAACCAUUCUCAAUCGCGCUUAAUCCACUUGAGAUAACAGUACAUUGGCCCCGUCCCUAAUAUAGUGGAAACGACAAGAUGGAAAAUGGCUGGAUAAAAUGCUUACAAGGUGACCAAACGCUUUUCACUGUGAGGAAGUUAUGAGUCACAAGGCUGUUUAUGGUUCUUGCAGCGAGACGUUCACGAUCACGACCACCCAAUUAUUUUCUGCAGUGAAGUUCACAUCUGUGGAGAAGCAGCAGAAAGUUCUUUGGUUAAAAUCUAACACUUUAUUCCAUGUAAUCCUUGGCUCACUAUUUAAUGUAUAAAGUGUGUAAUGGUUAGAAAGUAGAAAGGGAUUUGAUUUGUAUAAAAUCAGUAUUGCUUUCAAGGAUGGAUGUGUGUUUAUUAGUUUUA